CGGCGGCGGCGCGGGGGGCGGGGCGGGGCGGCGGCGGGCGCCUCGUUCAAACGGUCGCGGCGGCGGCGCGAUGGCGGCGGCAGGCGACAGCACCCAUGGGUGCCGGGGGCACCGGGUGCAGGUGUGCGUGCGGCUGCGGCCCGGCGCCGCCGGCGAGGAGCCCCGGGUGCUGCCCGUGGACGCCCGCACCCUCCGCCUCCUCCACGGCCCCGGCGCCACCGAGUACCGCUUCGACGCCGUCUACGGCCCCGGCGCCUCGCAGAGCGACGUCUACCUGGGCUCCGUGCGCCCGUUGUUGUCCCACCUGGCGCAGGGCCGCAACGUCACCGUCCUCGCCUACGGGCCCAGCGCCGCCGGGAAGACCUACACCAUGCUGGGCAGCGCCGAGGAGCCGGGCGUCAUCCCCCGGGCCGUGCGGGACCUGCUGGGGCUGGCGGGGCCCUGUGCCACUGUCACCGCGUCCUACCUGGAGAUCUACCAGGAGCGGCUCGUGGACCUGUUCGCCCCGCCGGGCCCCCCGCUACGCCUCCGCGACACCUCCCCGCCGGCGGUGCCGGGCUUGACCGAGGUGCCCGUGCGCGACGCCGCCGCCUUCGAGCGCCUCUUCGUCCCCGCCGCCCGCCGCCGCCGCCGCGCCGCCGCCACCCGCCUCAACGCCGCCUCCAGCCGGGGCCACGCGUUGCUGCUGCUCCGCCUGCGCCCCCCCGGCGUCACCUUGCUGCUGGGGGACCUGGCGGGCGCCGAGGACAACCGGCGCACGGGCAACGCCGGCCGGCGCCGCCUGCGCGAGAGCGGUGCCAUCAACGCCUCCCUGGGGGCCUUGCGGCGGGUGGUGGCCGCCCUGGCGCGGGGUGACGGCCGCCGGCGGCGUCACCCGGUGCCGUACCGCGACAGUAAGUUGACGCGGGCGCUGCGCGACGCCCUGGGCGGCUCGGCCCGCGCUCUGCUGCUGGCCGCCGUGGCGCCGGGGCCCCGCGAGGCCGCCGCCGCUCGCGCCGCCCUCGACUUUGCCGCCGCUGCCGCCGGCGUCGUCAACCGCGACGUGGUGGUGGCUGCACCGCCGGAGCCACCGUCGGAGCCGGAGCCGGGUGACGGGGAGCAGGGUGCCGCUGACGUCCCCGACACCCCGCAGGCCGGGGCGCCGGCGUCCCCCUCGCUGCUGCGCCGCCUCGACGACGCCCAGGAGCUGCUGGAGAAGCUGAAGGCCCGGCACCCGCCCACGCCGGCGGCACCCCGGGGGGCUCCCGGCACCCCGCCCCCCUCCCCGCCCCAGGGCCCAGGCGUCCGGGUGUCCCCGGCCGAGGCGCCCGUGGUGCUGCUGCGCAGGAAGGGCGGGGGGGGCUGGGAGGCGCGGCGUCGCCCCGAGCUGCUGGCGGCCGCCGGGCGCCGGGUGCUGCGGGGGCUCAACGGGGACCCGGGGGCCCUGCGGCGGGUGGGCACCCGCCGGGCCCGGCGCCUCCUGGCCUGGCGCCGCCACCGCGGCCCCUUCGCCCGCCUGGAGGACCUGGCGGAGGUGCCCGGCUUCAGCGCCGCCACCGUGGCCGCCCUGCUCGAGGCCAACCUGCCCGAAGCCCUGGAGUCUCCCGAGAGCCAAUAAAGAGUCGCCCCCGCCCGGA